AUGCGCCAUGGUGUGUACCACAUACCCUUCACACCACCUCCUGUUCACUGUCCCGCUCCAUCACCAACCCCCUUGAACUUCAACCCCACCACCACCAACGCGGCCGCCACCUCCGGCCACGACAUGCUUAUCUCUGUGUUUUUGGCACUUUUUCUGCCGUGUGCAGGCAUGAGCGCUGUGUUUAUUGUCUAUAUUUGUCUCCUAUGGUAUGCUGCUAAUAAUCAACCAGAGAUUCCUUUGCCGGUAAAGACAGUGACAGAAAAGGGAUUGUCUCCAUCGGAGUUAGAGAAGUUGCCUAAGGUCACCGGGAAAGAGCUUGUUUUGGGGACGGAGUGUGCUGUUUGUCUUGAUGACAUUGAAAGCGAACAAGUGGCCAGGAUGGUUCCUGGUUGCAAUCAUGGAUUUCAUUUGGAAUGUGCUGAUACUUGGCUAUCUAAGCACUCCGCUUGUCCUGUCUGCAGGGCUAAGCUUGAUGCUCUGUUCUUUAGUAGUAGUACUCCUGCUCAAGAGAACAAUCCUUGUUAG